AUGGACGAUCCAACCUUAGUGCCACCAGAACUAAAUACUGGAGAAAUAAAGUGUGGAUCAUGCCCUUGUGUGAAUCCAUGUGCACUGCCGCCCCCUCCACCAACGCCUCCGCCGCCACCACCACCACCACCGCCAAAGACCAUAUACUGUCCUCCUCUGCAGCUUCCGCCACCGCCGCCAAGGUUCGUUUAUGUGACAGCUGUGCCCGGGAAUAAUUUGUACGUGAUUGAUCCUUAUCGGAAUAACUGGGAUUAUUACAGUAAUGCUAAUAAACAGAAUUCUCUUACAAUGUUGCUGCUGCUUCUUUUGACUGGCUUCGGAGUUCUAAACUUCAUUAUUAUAUAA